AUGCCCGGCUGCAUCGUCAGCGGCUGCCCAAACUUCUCGAGCUGUAAAGACGACGCGCCGCUGCACGCCUUCCCCAGGAACUUGGAUUUAAUUAAAACAUGGCUCCUGCAGACCGGCCAGGACUUCGGGGACCUCGACCAGUUCGCGCAGGCGCUCUUCGACGGGAAGAUCGUUUCGUUCCUCAUCUGCUCGAAGCAUUUUGCCCCGGAAUGCUACAAAAAGUUUGAGUCGUACAAGAUGCUGUCGCAGAACGCCAUCCCCACCAUCUUCCCGAGUCAGAAGAGGCCCGGAGCCGUUCGGCCCCUCGUACUCGGGAACCUCCGGGUCAAUGCGUGGACGAACCCGCUCUAUGGCUACCAAAGCCCGAGUGUCGCGGGUUUACCGAUUAUACAGACUGCCGCCGCCACUCCCACCAUCCUCAUCCAGACAAAUGGAAUUGGAAACCCCUUUUAUGGAUGCCCCGGCAUCAACGUCACCAACCCGGUCGUGUUCCAGGGCGAUGCCGCCGCUCCCGUGGCGCCUGCUAAGACUGACCUGACCGAUUCUAUCGACCCCAUGCGUGACAAAAACGGCACCGCCGCGCCUUCUCGGACCCCCGACGGUAAAAUGGUUGACAAAGCCACACAGUGGCCCGAGCGCAACGUAGGUGGGGAGCCGCGGGAAACGGCCGGCGACUGUUACUGCGACUUCCUGGGCAUAAAAUACGGCUCCCCGAAGACCGCGCUCUCCGGCCUGCUAGCCAAAGCCUCCUCUGAGGGCCACUCGGAAGACGAGUUUACGGAGGAUGAACUGGUCUCCAUCCUGCGAUAUCUCACAAGCCUAAUGAAGACGGACGCGGUCAGGAAGAUGAACAAAUCCAGGAUUUUGAGCGAAGCCCUUGAGGUUGUGUCUCAGCUGACCGGUGAGGUGGCAGUGAGAUCGGGGGACGUCGCUGUCUUCUUCUCCGCAGCGGAGUGGCCGUAUGUAGAAGAACACCGAGCGAUGUUCCCAGACGUGGAGCCCAAAGCGCUUCCUGUCUGUAAACGGGAAGAUCGGGAGAGCCGGAGCCGGGAUGAGUCUCCAGUGUCCGACGACUGGAAUACGUGGCGAGGAUCGCGUUCGCCCAGCGGGAGAGAUGACGGCACCGCUAAUGGAUUUAUCCGGCCCCUGGAAAACGACGUGAAAAGUGAAUUAUCUGCUGAGUCCUCCUGGUCUGAUAACGGAAAUGGUGCCUGUCCUACGGGGUCCUCGUCCGUAAGCGGUGCGACUGCGAGCAGCGACAACGGGGCUCCUGCUAGAAACGCGGGACAAACUCAUCCAGACGUCGGAAACGCCGGAGAAACCCGGAGCGGCGAGAAGCAGGGGCCCGGCGAUGAGCGCCAGGAACAGACUUCCCGCGGCUGCUAUCUCAAGGAACACAAUGGGAACGGUGCGGCCGAGCGGCUCCCCGGGCGUUACGAGCGUGGGGGAAGCUGUAGUUCCCGGCCGGGUCUUAUUAAACAUCGCGCACAACGCGUGGAGGAGAAACGCGUCGCCUGUUCUUCAUACUGGGCCCGAUACGAGUACAGAAAUCACACGGGCGAGAAGUCUUACCGGUGCGAUGACUGCGGCUUGUCCUUUCCCCGUAAAUCCAGCCUCGUCGUGCAUCGGAGGAAACACGGAGUGCGGAGCGCGUUUCGGUGCCGGAAAUGCGGAGAAACCUUUGAGAGCAGAUCGGAGAUUUACAAACACCGCAGGACGCACGCGGCGCCGCUCCAGUGUCUCCAGUGCGCCGUGUUUCCUUGCUUCUUCUUAUUAGAUCUCCUGGUCGCUAUCGCGCUGCCGUCAGUUUCGGGGGCAGUAAGUCAGCCUAUUGACGUGGUGGCCAUCUCUCAUCAUCUCCGUGUUAACCUCCGGCUCAUCUUACCCUCUGAUUAG